UUUUUCAGUUCAUUUUUGCUCAUUCAUUUCGAUAGACGUGCGUAAUUUUGCAUUCGUAAUUUGUCUAGUGAUUUAUAAACAAAACGCAUAAAAAUAUAAUUAAAAAUAACAAAAUUUUAUUUAGAAAUUAAAAAAAUAACUUAAAUUAAAGAUAUGUCAAACGGACUCGCAGGAUUUAAACGAUUUCUGCACUGGGGUCCCAUAACAGCAUUAAGUAUUAUAAAAUGCAUUACAUUGACUACUUUAUACAUGAACUCUAUGUGGUGGCCGCCUAAUAAAUCUUUUGGGGGUUUCCUUAAUCAAGCCAUAUUUUUGAUGCUUUCUUCGGUGGCCACAUUUAACUACAUAAUGGCGACAUUGACAGGUCCUGGCAUAUUGCCAAAAAACUGGAAACCACAGGAGCCAAAAGCUGUUGAGCAGUUACAAUAUUGUAAAGUAUGUGAAGGUUAUAAAGCACCCAGAUCUCAUCAUUGUCGUAAAUGUAAUCGUUGCAUUAAGAAAAUGGAUCAUCAUUGUCCUUGGAUUAAUCAUUGUGUUGGUUGGGCCAAUCAUGCCUAUUUCACCUACUUUUUAGCAUUUUCCAUUAUUGGUAGUUUGCAUGGUGCUGUCAUUCUGUGCAUUACCUUUUACAGAGGCAUUCAUCGUUAUUGGUAUUUGUCACGAGGUCUUGUUCACUUAGCCACCGUGCAAUUUUCCAUGUAUAGCAUUAUUUUAUGUAUUUUCUCUAUGGGUUUGGCAAUUGGUGUGGUGAUAGCAUUGGGAAUGCUUUUAUAUUUUCAGCUUAAAUCGAUUGUUAAAAAUCAAACUGGCAUUGAGAUGUGGAUUGUUGAAAAGGCCAUGUACAGACGCAUGCAUAAUCCGGAUUUAGAUGAUUUUGUGUAUCCCUACGAUUUGGGCUGGUGGUCAAAUAUUAAACAAGUUUUUGUAAAUGACAAUGUAACCAAAGGAGCCGGUAUUGAAUGGCCAGUUAAAGAAGGAUGUCAUCAAUAUACUUUGACUUGUGAACAAAUCGCCCAAAAAUGUGAAAAACGUGCCCGUACACGCACCUAUAAAUGCAUACGCAAAGCUACUGGAAGCUAUUUACCACUAUUCUCUCAAGGUUUUCGUGUUUGUUUAUCUCCACCUUGCACUGAUGAGCCCCGUUUACGUUUGGAACCCGAUGACAUUAUUAAAGUAACACGCUUUCGACAACACUGGUUGUUUGGCGAACGUGUUGUGGACGAUAGGAAGGAAAAGGACAUUAAAAAACCGUUACGUGGUUGGUUUCCCAGACGUUGUGCUGUCGAACUGAUACAACCGGAACAACCCUGUUCGAGCGGUGAAGAUUGUGAGGUUAACGAAACCAAUUAUCGACACCAACCGACUCCAAAGAAGGCGACACUUAAUAACGGGGCCAGUUGUGCAAAAUCACAAAAUGGUCACCAUCGUAAGAAAAAUAACUGAUAUAAAAAGACUUUACUAUUGUAUGAUUAGCGAGUAAAUAAUUCUGGAUUAAAGAAAAACUAAAAAUACACACUGUUGUGUGUAAAAUAUUUAUACACAUUCAUGUAAA